GCACAUUGUGAAUGAUCUGUCCCAUGAGUUCGUGUUUGUGUGUAACGGCUUUCUGGGAGAAAGAUUCCAUUUAAACGCACAAUGGCGCGAAAAUUUCCUCUUGCCUGUUAGGAUUUGGUAUGCGACAAGUUGCUUACGACUCUCUCUCUCUCUCUCUCUCUCUCUCUCUCUCUCUCUCACACACACACACACACACACACACACACGGGGGUAAGGCAAGGGACGGUUAGAAUCAGUGAAUGUUUGAGGCGCGGGCGGGGGAGACGCAGUCGCGCGCACACGCAUUGGCUACACGCGCUCGAGUGACGUGUGCGCUAUCUAUCUUAAAAGAUAUUCACGUUUGUGACUUGUUUUCUAAUAUUUGACCUUUAAAAAGCAUAACUUCCCCGAGCCGCUCCACGUACCCGGUAUUUAUUUAAUUAGUAACUCGUUUAUAGUCCAUUUCUCCUUACAUGCAAUUAUCUCUCCUCGUUUUCUUAUUUGGGAGUGCGACGGUCUUCAAAUCGGAGACAAACUAAACUGGUUCUUUAUCUGUAAUGACCAUUACUGAAAGAAAGUAAGAUUAUUUACAUCAGAGUCCACAAGAAGCUUGCCCAGUGUGGUUGACCUGUGAAAGCAGUAGAGAUAGAGGGGGAGUAAACGAGUGCAGGAAGGAGAGGAGGAGUGUGUGAGGACAGUCGAUGGAUGCUGUCCGGAUUGAGGGGACAGCACAUUCUCAUCUGACGAGGAAAAGAAAGAUUUCAAAAUUGAGUCGAAGGACAGAAACUCGCCGUCAGGCAUGGUGUGUGAGAAGGGCAUACAGAUCCUUCUCACCAUCGUGGGUGCUUUUGCAUCCUUUGGCCUGAUGACGGUGGCUAUCGGCACUGAUUAUUGGCUCUACUCGCGGGCGCUCAUCUGCAAUAGUACCGCCAAUGCCACACAAGAAGAUCCCCAUAAUAAGGACAAGAAGGACCCCGGGGCCCUGACACACUCUGGCCUGUGGAGGAUCUGUUGUCUGGAGGGGGUGAAACGUGGUGUGUGCUCCCAGAUCAACCACUUCCCAGAGGACGCAGACUUUGAUCAUGAUGGAGCUGAAUACGUCCUGCGAGUCGUCCGUGCCUCCAACAUCUUUCCCAUUCUUAGUGCAAUCCUGCUGCUAAUGGGAGGGGUCUGUAUUGCAGCCAGUCGUUUCUACAAGAGCAAAAGGAACAUCGUGCUGGGGGCUGGCAUUUUGUUUGUAGCGGCAGGACUGAGUAACAUCAUUGGUGUGAUAGUGUACAUUUCUGCUGCCCUGGGUGACAUUUCUCCAAAGAAGGAUGAGGAUAAGAAAUGGCAAUACUCAUAUGGCUGGUCUUUCUACUUUGGUGGGCUGUCCUUCAUCCUGGCUGAGAUGGUGGGAGUGUUGGCUGUGAACAUCUACAUCGAGAAGAACAAGGAGCUUCGCUGUCGCUCUCGCACCGAUAUCUUUAAGAGCACAACUCACGCCAUGCUACGACUCCCAAGCUACCGCUUCCGUCGCAGAUCACGUUCCAGCUCUCGAUCCACUGACCCCUCACGCUCCCGAGACCCGUCCCCCGUGGGUGGCCCUCCAGGGGGUAAGAACUUCGGAAUGCCCCCCUCUGCUUUACUCUCCCAGGGGCCCAUCUCUGUGUCCACUCUACCCAACUCCCGCUCCGCUCUGCCAGGGGGUGAUAUUUCCCUUUACACCCUCUCCCGAGAUCCCAAACUGGGUGGUUUAGGAGGGCUGGGUGCCCCUCCACUGUACGGCACUGUGGACCGGGCCACACUAUACCAGCUGCACAACUGCUUCCCCAAGGAGGGUGGAGGGGGUGGAGGAGGAGGCAUGAUGAUGAGUGGGACACUCCCCUCGCUCAAAUCCCACAAUCCCUCAGCGGUCCAGAAUUCUUCCAACUCCAAUGCUCCGCUCAGCAACUCCGUCCCUUCCUCCCAGCCUCCCCCUUUUAAUUCCUCUACAGUGGAGAGGGAACGAGGGAUGGGAACGCUGGAUAGGUUAGGGAAAGGUGACCGAGAGAGUAACUCCAACACACUAAACAGGAAAACUACACCAGUGUAGUCAGAUAGGGUUGGAGGAGUUGAUUAAGUGCAAAAGCGUAGAAACAAGGCAAAUAACUCUCUCAAUAUUGACAAAUAUUUCACUUUAUGAAAAAUAAAGAAUAAAAGAAUGAUAAACAGCUCAUAAUAACAACAACACUUAUGAUGUUUUUUGUGCUGUUUUAUAACAUGUUUUAACUUAAUAAAACUGUGAUGUUGAUUAGUUUGCUUUGAUUUUAGAGAUGUGGAAUUCCAAAAUGGUGAAGUGUUGUUGUUAUUACGACUAAGUUUAGUUGUGCUUAACAUUUUGAAUGAUUUGAAUGAUUGAUUUACAAAGAUUUUGACUGUGAUUCCAAAACAUGUGAUACUGAGCACUGCAGAAACAUGAGCGUAUUCAAUAUGUGUGAGAAUGAGAUUAUUACAACUAACUUUGUGAGAAGCAUUUUAUUUAUUUUAAAGAAAGUUUUAUUUUCUACCCUUUGAUAACAUGCAAUUUAGUGUGUAAAAUCUGUAUAUCUGUCUUCCAGCUCAGCAAACAGAUCAGCAACAUAAUUGAUGGACUGAACCAACAAAGUGUUAAAAUGAAAAAGAUUUUUAUAUAAACUUACCAUCAUAUUAUUUUUGUUAUAAUCAUUGUUAGCAGUAGAAGUAGCACUUGUCAAAUUGAAAAUCUUUGUUUUGGGGCAUUAAUAUGAUCCCUCACUUGGACAAAGAGGGAGAGACAAUAUGUUUGCAUUCAACAGGUGGUAAAUGUUGUUCAGAAUAGACUGUACUUUUCAAAAGGGCAGGGAAAAUAAAAUGCGAUUUGAAUAACAGAAUUGUAAAAUUAAA